AUGGCAUCUCUGAAAACGGUGACGGUCGCCCUGGCUCGCACAGAGAAAUCACCAGUCACCUCUACCCCCGAGAAGAUCACCUGCGUAUUCAACUACAUCUGGGAAGAUGAGCGCGAAGUGGGAAGAGCUUACCUUUCCACCAUCAACGGGUACACCUUCGGUGCUGCCCUCGACGACGGGUCCGGCACGAAGUCCUUUGCAGGGGCUCCCGUCUGGGCAACCAAUCAAUUGAUGGGCGGCAUCAGUUUCGAGGUCUCCAGGUUCGUCUUGAAGGUGGGAGCGACUGACAAGGACAACAAAGCGGCGGUCUGGGUGAAGCAGGACGACAAGGAAAAGUUGCUGUACAAGACCUUCAACUAUGCAUGA